UUGACAUGCAGCAGUAUUUGCCCGGACACCGGGCAGACUCAGCUGUCAUUCGUCUCCGUAUUAAAGAUGGCAGGAAACAAGUCUUACACUAUAGUAGAAUAUUUCGGCGGGGAUGACGGGUACCGCUGUGGUUACUGUAAAAACGAAAAGGGAAACUUUUCUCAUGGGAUGUGGUCUCACACCAUGACUGUACAGGACUACCAAGACCUCAUAGACAGAGGAUGGAGAAGAAGUGGGAAAUAUGUCUAUAAGCCCAUAAUGAACAAGACAUGCUGUCCACAGUAUACUAUCAGAUGUCAUGCACUGAAAUUCCAGCCUUCCAAAUCCCACAAGAAAAUCCUGAAGAAGAUCAGCAAAUUCAUUUCCAAAGGGGAAUUACCAAAAGGACAGGAUGAUGGGGAGCCAAUGGACUCGGUGUGUGAAGAAGCAGGUCCACGCGAACCGAGUAAAGUCUGUCACUCAGAAGUGAAGUGUGCUGCUGCCACAGACAUUCAGAAGGAAUUAGCAGAGUGUCCCGCUAUCUCAGAAGUUCAGAAGGAGGCAGAGGAAGCAACAUCUACCGUCCCAGAAACGUCAAGAAAGGAUCCAGUGUCUGUCCCAGACCGGAGAACAACAACAACUGCUCCUAAACCAGGGGUGGGAGCUGAUGCUAGCCGGCCACCGUGUCGGAAGGCAAAAGACUUGAGGAAGGAGCGACGUCAUCAGAAAGAGCAGAUGAGACAUGACGCGGAUGGGGUCUCUUCCAUUGUGUCUCCUAGCCCACCCACACCAACACACAGCAACCAACCCAAACCUCUGGAAGAUUUCAUCAGUGAGUCAUUGCCUGACAACUCUUCUCAUUGCCUUGAGGUGAGGCUAGUGCCGGUCAGCUUUGAGGACCCUCAGUUCACAGCAUCCUAUCAGCAAUCGGUGGCGCUGUACGCCCGUUACCAGAUGGCCAUUCAUGGUGAUGACCCCAGCGAUUGUAGUGAGAGUGAGUUCCGGAGAUUUCUCUGUGAUUCACCACUAGAGGCUGAAUAUUCUCCAGAUGGGCCCGAGGUGGGCUACGGCUCCUUCCACCAACAAUAUUGGCUGGAUGGGCGCAUAGUUGCGGUGGGCGUGAUCGAUAUCCUGCCUACCUGUGUGUCCUCUGUCUACCUGUACUACCACCCAGACUUUGCCUCACUGUCUCUGGGCUCCUAUUCUGCUCUCAGGGAGAUCGCAUUCACCAGGCAGCUGCAGAAACAGUCCCCCAAGUUGUCCUACUACUACCUGGGCUUUUACAUUCACUCCUGUCCCAAGAUGCGGUAUAAGGGGCAGUACCGGCCUUCAGACCUUCUGUGCCCAGAAACCUUUGUCUGGGUACCAAUAGAGCGAUGCAUUCCCCAGCUUGAGAACGCCCGCUAUGCCCGUUUCAACCAGGAUCCUGAUGCAGGAGAUGCUCGGGUGCUGAAGGACGUGGGCCGAGCCCUGGUGCUAUACAGACGGACCGUCAUGCCCUAUGCAGCCUACUCCCGCAAACGCAAAGGCUCCAGCGACGAGACGGAGGUGCAGCAGUACGCCAGCUUGGUUGGCCAGAACUGUGCUGAAAGGAUCUUGCUCUACCGCGCAUAAACAUACAGCAUGACACCACUGUACCUUUUUAAUAUACGUAAAUAGGCACUUCCCAGCAACAGCAGUCUGUCUGUCUCUGUUUAUGUAUGUCUGUGUCUUCUCACUGUCUGUGAAAGUGCUUUCUGCUGCCUCUCCCAGUAGUCUCACCAUGCUUAGAUCUACACAGGCUGGAACAAUGCAACUCACUGUCUACUGUAGAUAUCUUUUCACCCAUCAGCCUCAUUCAUCUGUUAUGUAUCAUUAAUGUACAUUUUCAUGUAUCAAUGAAUACCACAGCAUCCAGUCUCUGUUUAGUUCAGGUGCAUCUUUUUACAGGGACGCAUCCCUUGAAUGUUUUUUUGAUAAUGUGUGUUCAUCACUUUGCUUUUUUGCGCAAUACUCAAUCCUGAAUGCUUAAGUAUUGAUGUCAUAAAAGCACAUCUAACUACACACAGGUGACAGCUCUCCUAUGAACUGACACAGGUCAAGGCUUAUGUCAGGAUCUUGAAGAGCUUGUUCUCCUUUGAAUGUUCAAUGAUUAUGAUAGUGGUUUUCAGUUGCUUACAUUAAAUCCCAAAACGAUCCCACAGCAUUGUAAAGAUUAUAAACGAAUAACUCAUUGUUUUUUGUCUGUUAUAUUUAUAGCUUAAUUUGCUUUUCUUUUAAUAUUGGCACUGUCGUUUUUGGUUAAAUUAAAUAAGGGGUUGUAUAUUCUCUACUUAGA